ACAUCUUAUUAGCAACAGAAAAUAAACUAACCAUGAAAGUUGAAGUCUUUCUUUCCUUAUUUCUCAUUUUUCUUCUGGUCUCGGUGGUUUUCAGUGACGAUUCUAUAGAGCAUUUGGCUACUCAUAGCCGGAGCAGUUUUCCGGCAGGUUUUAUUUUUGGGACUGCAUCAUCUGCAUACCAGUAUGAAGGUGCAGCACAUGAAGAUGGUAGAGGACGAAGCAUUUGGGACAUUUUCACUCAAAAAUACCCCGAAAAGAUAAGGGACCAUAGUAAUGGAAACAUCGCUGUUGACUCAUACCAUAGAUACAAGGAAGAUGUGGCUAUAAUGAAAGGCCUAGGUUUUGAUGCUUACAGAUUUUCCAUUUCAUGGUCUAGACUGUUACCUCGUGGCCAUCUUAGUGGAGGCAUAAAUACAAAGGGAAUUCAUUACUACAACAAUCUCAUCAAUGAACUCUUAGCUAAUGGAAUCCAACCUUUUGUGACUUUAUUCCACUGGGAUCUUCCUCAAGCUCUUGAAGAUGAAUAUGGUGGUCUUUUAAGCUCCAAAAUUGUGGAUGAUUUUCGUGAUUAUGCGGAGUUAUGCUUCAAAACCUUUGGUGAUAGAGUGAAGCACUGGAUAACUUGGAAUGAGCCAUUAACUGUUGCUGGUGAUGCUUAUGCAACUGGAAAAAAAGCACCUGGGAGAUGUUCCGACUGGCUCCCUUAUAACUGCACCGGUGGUGAUUCAAGUACGGAGCCAUAUAUAGUAGCUCAUCAUCAACUUCUUGCUCAUGCAGCUGCAGUUCAAGUGUACAAGGACAAGUACCAGAUGUCUCAAAUGGGUCAAAUUGGAAUUACUCUAAGUUGUCAAUGGAUUUUACCCUUGACUAACUCAAGUAGAGACUUUAGUGCAGCAUCCCGAGCCAUUGCUUUCCAAUAUGAUUGGUUUAUGGAACCACUGAAGUCUGGUACGUAUCCAGCUGAUAUGGUUGCUCGUGUGGGGAAACGAUUGCCUAAAUUUUCUAAGGAGGAAUCGUUAAUGGUGAAAGGAUCUUUUGAUUUCAUUGGACUUAACUAUUAUACUUCAAAAUAUGGUUUUGAUGUUCCUUGCAAAACUGAAUACUUAAGCUACACCACUGACUCUUGUGCUCAGUCCACAACCGAGCGAAAUGGGAUUCCCAUUGGUCCUGCGACAGGAUCAGAUUGGCUUUAUGUGUAUCCAAGAGGAAUUCUAGAUCUUUUGCUCUACACCAAGAACAAGUUUAAUGAUCCAAUCAUUUACAUUACUGAGAAUGGAGUUAGUGAGCUUGAUACUGAUUGGAUAAUUGUAGAGGAUGACUAUAGAAUUCGUUACUUCAAUGAUCAUCUUUCAUUCGUCCAGAAAGCAAUUAAGAGUGGCGUGAAAAUAAAGGGAUACUUUGGAUGGUCACUUCUAGACAAUUUUGAAUGGGAAGAUGGUUAUGAAAUUCGUUUUGGAAUGGUCUAUGUAGACUACAAAAAUGGAUUGAAAAGGUAUCUGAAAAAAUCGGCAAAAUGGUUCAAGAAAUUUCUUCUUCCUGGGAAUCACAUUCAAUUACAGAGAAGGGAUGUAGCAGUAUUUUAGAUAAUAAUUGAAUUAGAAAGAGGAAAUAUAAAUUUUCAUUUAUAAAAAUGUAAUUUAUACAAAUAUAUAUAGUUUCCAUGCAAAUGUACUCCAGAAAACAAGAAAAAAAAAAAAAUUAUGACCUGUAAGUAUAAAUCUUGCUGUAUUUGAACA